AUGUGUUUCAAAUCCAAGGAUUUCUCUGAUUUCUGUGAAAAUUAUGGUAUCACUCUGUCUUACUCAUCACCUUACCAUCCCCAAGGAAAUGGACAAGCAAAAUCAAGAGACAAGAACUUGCUGAAGAUUAUCAUAAGGAUGUUGGGUGAUAAUAAAAAGGCUUGGGACUCAAAAUUGGUCUUAGUAGUAUGGGCUGAUAGAGUGACAAUCAAGAAGACCACAAUAUUUGCUCCAUAUGAGCUUGUAUAUCGCAAAGAAGCAAGAUUGCCUUUAAAUAAUUUGCUUCCAGUUUAUAAAUUUGUUACAGAAGAAUGUUUGGAAGAAGUAAACUUCAUGGGGGAUAGAUUGAUGACUUUAGCUGAGCUGGAUGAAUGUAGAAGAGAAGCUCAAGAAAGAAACUUACAGAGACAACAAAUUGUAAAAUCUUUGCAUGAUAGAAAAACAUGUGACAGAUCAUUUAAAGAUGGGGAAUGGGUGUUAAAAUGA